AUGACUGCAAUCGUUGAAGCUUUGACCUCAGCCCAACCUACCACCCUGCUCCGGUCCCGGAUGACUUCAGGCGCAGAAGAAAACGCCACCACCAGUUACUCUGUCACCGAAAAAAUCAAUAGCCUGAGCAUCCACAUUAGCAUCAUAGGUAGCAUUAUUGUAAGUAGCAUCGAAAGCCUCAACGACAUCAGCAGCAGCAAUACUCCCAGCUUCAGCACCGUUACAACCAUCGUCAGCGAUCGUGAAAAUAAUAGUCACAAGGCAGAUGAGGUGUUAGGAGGAGACGAGAAGGAGAAGGAGACGGAGACGGAGAGUAUGUGCGCCAACGUGAUUUCUUCCGAUCAAUCCGUACCCCAAAUUCGCGGUAUUGCAAGCUCAAAAUCGGAAGUGAUUUUGUGUAAUUGGGAGCACCAUACCACGAUACGGUCGGAUGAUACUUCCCAGGACAUUGGCUCAUCCAUUUAUGACUGCUCAUGGACGCCUAGUCCCAGAAUGGAAGCCGAUGUGCAAGCCAGGUCUGUACUCGAGAACUCAGUUGGUCCACUACCACUGGCCUAUUUCGACGCCGACGGUCUUGCUGAUAACACUCUGCGCCACACUGGCAAUUGCCACAUUCUGCCUACUGCAUCCGAAAAU